CAUGAAUUAAAUACAGAAAUUAUUAUAAAAGAUGAAUUAUUUGAUGGAAAUGUUUUAGAACAUGAAUCAAUUCAAAAUGAAAUCAAGAAUAUUUCAUGUGACGUUUGUGAUAAAAAGUUUACUAAUCAAAGCAGUUUAAUUGUACAUAAACGGACUCAUACUGGAGAAAAAUCUUUUUCCUGUGAAAUUUGUGAUAAAUCCUUUAAUCUUCGAUCUAAUUUAGUUCAACAUAAACGGACUCAUACUGGAGAAAAACCUUUUUUCUGUGAACUUUGUGAUAAAAAAUUUACUAAUCAAAGCAGUUUAAUUGUCCAUAAACGAACUCAUACUGGAGAAAAUCUUUUUCCCUGUGAAAUUUGUGAUAAAUCAUUUAAUCUUCGAUCGAAUUUAGUUCGACAUAAACGAACUCAUACUGGAGAAAAACCAUUUUCCUGUGAAGUUUGUAAUAAAUCAUUUACUCAGCGAUCUAUAUUAGAAACACAUAAACGGACACAUACUGGAGAAAAACCAUUUUCCUGUGAAAUUUGUGAUAAAUCAUUUACUCUUCGAUCGAAUUUCGAAAUACAUAAACGGACUCAUACUGGAGAAAAACCUUUUUCCUGUGACAUUUGUAACAAAUCAUUUACUCAAAAAAACGGUUUAGACUAUCACAAACGGACACAUACUGGAGAAAAACCUUUUUUCUGUGAAAUUUGUAACAAAUCAUUUAGACAAAAAAACGGUUUAGACUAUCACAUACGGACACAUACUGGAGAAAAACCUUUUUCCUGUGAAAUUUGUGAUAAAUCCUUUAAUCUUCGAUCUAAUUUAGUUGAACAUAAACGGACACAUACUGGGGAAAAACCUUUUUCCUGUGAAAUUUGUAAUAAAUCUUUUACUCUUCGAGGUAAUUUAGAAACACAUCAUCGGACUCAUACUGGGGAAAAACCUUUUUCCUGUGAAAUUUGUGACAAAUCAUUUAAUCAUAAAAGCGGCUUAGACUAUCACAAACGGACACAUACUGGAGAAAAACCUUUUUCCUGUGUAAUUUGUGACAAGUCAUUCCCUCAUCAAAGCGGUUUAGACUAUCACAAAUGGACUCAUACUAGAGAAAAACCUUUUUCCUGUGAAAUUUGUGAUAAAUCAUUUAAUUUUCGAUCUAAUUUAUCAACAUAA